AUGUCUUCGAACGCAACACCAACCACGACAACCGCACCACCUCUAAACCCAACACCCACAACAACACAACCACCCCUCCCACCAGCCCAAACCUUUGACAUCCUCCCACCNCUCCACGCCCUUCUCUCACGCCUAGAGCCCUCUCUAAAUGUCUAUACUCCGGACACCUCUGCCGCUCUACCACCAAACAAUGCUCCUCACACCCCCGUCACCUCUGCCUCUGCACUCCCCAGCUCAGCACCUCAGCAACUAGACUACAAAGAUGCGGCCGUGGCUGCGCAAUUCUUGAGGAGUAGGAUUAGGAAGGCGUUGGCUGAUCUGGGUGGAUUGGCGGAUAUGCAUAGAGGUGUUGAAGAGCAGGAGGAAGAAAUCAAGAGCUUAGAGGAUAAGAUCAAGAGACAGAGGGAGGUGUUGGCUAGAUUGGCGGUUUUGGCAGAGGAGAACAGUUGA